AUGGCGUUCUCGACGAAAAGUUUUAACCUGUGCUUUUGUGCUUUCUGGCUCGCGAGCCUUACGAAUGCUGUUACCCUCGACAUUACAGAUGCAGAUUCAAUACGCAAUGCAUCGAAAACAGUCGCAGAGGGUCUGAUGGCAUGGUACGCCGGGAAUGACACUGGAGGAACACCUGGUAUUCUGCCAGGGCCGUACUAUUGGUGGGAAGCAGGAGGAAUGUUCGGCCAUAUGAUCGACUACUGGUACUAUACAGGAGACGACUACUACAACUCGAUUGUUUCAACAGCCAUUCAGUUCCAGGUAGGAUCCAACGAUGACUUUCUACCAGCAAAUCAAACAAAGGAUGAAGGCAAUGAUGAUCAGGUCUUUUGGGCAUUUACCGCGAUGGAUGCCGCCGAACUCAACUUUCCCGAGUCUACAGACGCAGACGCACCCUCUUGGCUUUCUUUAGCACAAGCAGUAUUCAACGAAAUGGCUGGACGAUGGGACACUAGUACUUGCGCUGGUGGUCUUCGGUGGCAGAUCUACAGUUUCAACGCAGGCUACAACUACAAGAACUCGAUAUCGAAUCUUGGACUCUUCCAACUCGCUGCUCGUCUAGGUCGCUAUACCGGUAAUACUACGUAUACGGAUUGGGCCGAGAAGACAUGGCAGUGGUAUUCUGAUGUUUCACUCUGGGAUGCUGGGACCUACCAAGUCUUCGAUGGUACGUCGACGGACGACAACUGCACUUCAGUGGACCACUUCGAAUGGACAUACAACUAUGCAGCUGCCAUUGGGGGUGCGGCUUACAUGUAUAAUCACACAUCCGAGGCAAAAUGGCUAGAUAUAGUUGAAGGUCUACUCAACACCACGUUCACCACUUUCUUCCCUUCGACCAUGGGCGACAAGAUCAUGGUGGAGAUAACAUGUCAACCCCUGGGCAAUUGUGACACCGAUCAACUCUCCUUCCGCUCGUACCUAGCCCGCACACUAGCAGUGACCACUCAACUCAUCCCUUCUCUCCACGAGACAAUAUACCCCUACCUACGAGCUUCCGCCCAAGGAGCAGCUCAACAAUGCGAUGGCGGCACAACAGGCUCAAUCUGCGGUAUGGAAUGGAACACAACAGUCUGGGACGGCACAUACGGCGUUGGUCAAGAAAUGUCUGCAUUGGCAGUAAUUCAAUCCCUUAUGCUGGAUACUGAAGACGCGGCAUUCACUCCUCCAUUGACGGCGUCAACGGGUGGAAAUAGUACGAGUGAUCCUAGUGCUGGUACGGGAAGUACCACCGUCACGGAUGAGCCUUCUAUUGUCACCAGGCAGAUUACAACUGGUGAUCGGGCGGGAGCUGUGAUACUGACGAUCGCGAUUUUGGUCUUCUUCGUUGGAGGGUCUGUAUGGUUGGUUAUUGACUGA